AUGACAGUGUUCCGAGCCUUUUGUGAAUCGUUCGAACAGACUGCGAAACAAUACACGUCCGGCCUUGAACACAGCUUUGCGGAACAAUUUUCCAACAGCUUCCUCGACUUUUGGAAGCAGGCGCUCUCCGACCUCAAUUCCGCACCCGCCCCGACCUACAGCAGCGUCGCCGCCGGUCGCCCUGCAAGCCAGCCCUCGGGGCCACACUCCACGGCCGCCGCAGCCCCGCAACAGCAACGACCACAACAACCAAUCUCCCGUCUCCAGGGACGACCAAUCCCCGCCCCACCAAAAGAAGACCUCCGUGUUUUCGUGCGGCUCGAUGCCGAAGCGCCGGCGCGAGACCACAGCAGCUACGCAAUUCGGACCCACAUCGCCGCCAAAGUCGGCAUCGACUUGCACCGGGUCCCGGCAGCUUUCAAGGUAAACUCCGGAUGGGCCAUCCGAACAACGGACGCUACCAUCAGGGACCUCAUCGUCCAGCGACAGUCGGAAUGGUCCGAGGACCUAGACGCGACCUCGGGCAAUGAAGUCAACUACGAGGCGGCCGUCAAAGACGAAAUCGCCUGCCAGACCGGGCUCACACCCAUCAGCAUCCGUCCCAGCCGGCACGAUUCAAGCGACCUUCCGACUGUGACCGACAACCGUCCUGCAAGCGUUGCGGAAGGAACGGCCAUGACGAUGGGCACCCAACUAUUUGCUCAGCGGAAGCAACAGUUCGAGCGCAUAGACCAACCCGAACAGCUAGAACGAGACUCCUCCGAGAUUCUCAAUUCCAUAGCUCCGAGCACUGCUCAGCCCGACGACCAGGAAGCCGAGCACCCAGAUGACAGGUCACGGGGCAGGAGCGAAACCUCAGUCCUAAGCUCGACCAGGACCAUGUCUCCGCCAUUCAUUAUGAUCUCGCCAGCACAUGACUGCGCCCUUGCCCUCGCCGACUCUGAACGAUACGACAUAGUGCUCCUCCAGGAGCCGUGGACGGAAGCCAAGGACGGCCGAUGUCUUACCAAAACCCACCCAGCCUACGAUACCUUCUCCCCAGUCGACAGCUGGGACGACAACAGCACCCGACCUCGAGUAAUGACCUAUGUCCGGCGGAGUCCCUGCCUGAUGACAGAUCAGAGGAGGCCUGUGGCGACCCGCGACAUUCUCUGGCUCACCAUCAACAACAUAACAGUAGUAAACUUCUAUCGACAACCGCACUACGAUGAAGCACUGGAGAUGCUCCUCCAGUGGACCACACCAGGAAGCUUGCUCAACCCUGCCGAUGUGCCAACGAACCCACAUGGCAACACAAUAGACCUCGCCUUCUCCAACAUACCACUAUCCGAAGCUGUCGUGGAGGAACACCUGGCCACCAGCUCUGACCACUUCACGCUCAGCGUGACACUCGCUGACCUGGCUCCGGCCUCGGUGCCGCUAGGAAAGGUCCGCCUCACCUCUGACGACGAGCUCGCUCGUUUCGCCGAAAUGGUCGAUUCCGGAGCAACAGCUAUCCCGGCCGCGGCCUCGUCUCCCCAAGAGCUUGAUUCCCUGGCGUUGGCGCUCGUGGAACUUCUCCAACUGGCAGCCAAGGCCGCCGGUCGCCCCGUCCGCAAAGGGGCACGCAGCGCGCCCUGGUGGACAGAAGAAUGCGCCCUCGCCGCGGCGGAAUACCGCGCGAUUAGGAGAGUCUACCCUCUCGGCUUCAAUCGGGAAGUCCAGCUUGCAAAGAGAGACUUCCAGAAAGUCGUGCGGCGAGCCAAAAGACAUUACUGGCGCAAUCUGAUCGACAGCUUCACUGACAGCGCCUCCAUAUUCAAAGCGGUCCGAUGGCUGAGAUCACCGGGCGCUUUCCAGCCUCCGCCCCUACAAGCGUCACUUGAGGAAGUGCGCGACGCAACCCUACGGACAGGAAACACGUCUCCCGGCCCCGACAGCAUCACGGUACAAAUGCUCAAGGCGAGAUCUGCCGUUGACCUUGUUGCCGCUCUGCUGCAUGACAUUGAAGAGGCGUUUGCCCGCGGACAAGUUGCCACGCUGAUCCUUCGCCUCCGGAAGCCGAAGGGGCGCUUCGGCUACGCAGACGACACGGGCAUCUGGCUCGACAGCACCCUGUCGUUCAAGACACACGUGGAAAAGUGGACAGCCAAGGCACAGGUCGUGGCCUAUCACUUGAAAAGUCUGGCAAACACCAAACAUGGUCCUCUUCCCGGUGCCGUUCGCAGAGCCGUAAGAGCAUGUAUCGAACCGGUGCUGCUCCACGGCACCGAGGCAUGGUACCCGGAUUAA